AGUUGUGAUUAACAUUUCAGCGUAAAUUUUAACAUUGCAUAUCCGGCACAGUUCGUUUUUAAACUAUAAAUUUUCCAAUAACUACAAAAUAAUUCACCAUGGCGGACAUGUUCAGCGCUAAUUUGGAUAAAAUUUUUGAAAGUAUUAACAGUACCAUACGAUUGGUAGUCGAAUUUGGCGAUGCCGAUCAAAAAAAUAUUAAACCAUACGCAGAAUUGGCAGAGCAACUCAUCAGUCUGGAAGUGAAAUAUAAUAUGCAUAACAAAGCUCUAAAAGAAUCAUCUUCAGAAGUAACCCUGGAAGAGUUUGAUCGUCGAUACCAGUCAAAUAUUACAACCAACAAGAGCAACGUGAAAAACUUAAAGCGCUACAAAGACUUUAUUGGCCAAACCAAGCUUUUGCUGACUCACGACGACGGUGGCCCGAACCCUAGUCAGUCGUAUGAUGAAGAGCUAGUAGUGGAAGAGACCAUCUGCGAUAUUGACCCGAUUACCAAGCGUCCAUUGGAAAUACCGGUUCGAAAUCAGAAAUGCAAUCACGUGUACGAGAAGAGUGCAAUCGAAUCAUUGAUUAAAAACAAUCCACGAACAAGGUGUCCCGUGAUGGGAUGUGCCGCCGGCCAGUAUGUCACCCUAGCAGAUUUGGUAGAAGAUAAAAAGCUUCAGCACAACUUGAUGCUCCAGCGUCGACAACGUAUGGAUCUAUAGAU